ACCAGAAGAACAUGGAUUCAACUUUCAUCAGAGUCUGCCUCCUCUUCAUCACCAUCAGCACUGCAGAUGCAAUGGUGCAUCAUUUUUUACGGAACUGUGAGUUUAACUCCAGUAAACUGGAGGACAUCGAGUUCAUCCUCUCCAUGUAUUACGACAAGGUGGAGUUCCUCAGGUUCACCAGCAGUUCUGGGAAGUUUGUUGGCUACACGGAGUUUGGAGUGAAGCAGGCGGACUACUUCAACAAGGAUGCUGCGCAAAUGAGCAGCUGGAGGGCUCAGAAGGAGAGCGUCUGUGUUCACAACAUUGAUAUGAACUACAGCAACAUUCUGGAUAAAUCAGUGGAGCCGAAGGUCAAGCUGCGCUCCACGGCGCCCCCUCCUGGCCAGCACCCCGCCAUGCUGGUCUGCAGCGCCUACGACUUCUACCCCAAGAACAUCAAGAUGACCUGGUUCAGAGACGGACAGGAGGUCAAAACCUCCGUCAGCUACACUGAUGAGCUGGCAGACGGAGACUGGUACUACCAGUACCACUCCCACCUGGAGUACACGCCCCGGUCUGGUGAGAAGAUCUCCUGUGUGGUCCACCACGUCAGCCUGAAAGAAGCUCUGAAAAUUGACUGGGAUCCGUCCAUGCCCGAGUCCGAGAGAAACAAGAUCGCCAUCGGAGCUUCAGGACUGAUCCUGGGUCUGGUUUUGUCUCUGGCUGGAUUCAUCUACUACAAGAGGAAGGCCCGAGGACGUAUUCUGGUCCCCUCUAACUGAGCUUUGGUCCUGGUCCUGGUCCAGGUCCUGGUCCUGGUCCAGGUCCUGGUUCUGGAUGGAGCAGCUGCUGCUGAACCUGCUUCCUGCUUCCAGCUCAACCAUCUGAACCGGUCUAAUCCUGAUCUGGGACUGUGAGCACGUCUGAACCUGGUCCAGAACCCUGGUGCAGGACUGGCAGCGGUCCUGGUCCCGGAUCAGGAGCCUCAUGUUGUUUCCACAGGAGCCUCAUGUUGGAAACAAUUGGAAACAAAAGUCCACAAAAAACGUGCGUACGCCACUUUCUACGCUCACGGUCGGAUAUACAAAAAUUGAUUUGAACGUAGAAAGUUGCGGUCCUUCACACACACACCAAGGCUGGCGUACACACUUUUCUGAGGUUUUGUCCGUUGCCGAAACUCACUGGUGAUGCAGUGAAGUGCAGAAUAUGAGGAAACGUAACGUCAACAAUACGUUCACGACCACAUGAAGGACACGACAGUCCCCACAUCACCAGAUAAGUUACACACGAAUGAAGCUGCGACAAUCUCACAAUCAACCACAUGAUCUGAACAAACAACUAAAGGCAAGAGCUCAACGAUGGAACCCGCAAAUCCCAAUCGCAGCCUUGGACCAGCUGCUCCGGUUCAGACCAAGAUGAUGCUUUCAGCUGGAGCUGCUGACAGGUCGGACAUCUCUCAGUCGCCAUGACGACCGUAUGGGACGAGCACUGGAGAUUAAAGCCAGAUCCUAAAACAUCCCAUAACUGUACGAACUGAUGUGAUUCAGCAAUGAUGAAUAAAGUUUUUAUUGAAUGUUUAGGAAACUUUCAGAGUCUGAUAUUGAGUCCGCUGCAGGUGCUGCAGGAUCCAGAAAGUGUUUCUCCGGUGAUGGAUCGGGAUCUAGACCGGUUUCUUCUCCUGUGGAUGCAACACUCCGAGUUACAGCAACUUUGCUCUUUAUUUGUCACGUUUGCACCACGAUAAUCCCGUUGGCACAAGUUGUCUUUAUUUCUGCAGCAGAGGAAUCAGAUCGUAAUGCUUCAUGCUUUAAAUAUAAAUGUAUAUUGUUCACAUUGUUAUACUUAUGGGAGAGGUGAUCGCCGACAUCCACAUUGUGUAAAACUCAAUAAAUGUGUACAUUGGUCUUAAUCAGUCAGUAUAUAAUACACGUGACAAUAAAACGGAACGAGGAGCCGUUU